AUGGCUCUUUUCCACUCGGAACCUAAGGCUGAUGAAGCUCAUGGUGCUACGGUCAUUGCUAUUGAUUGCGACAAGAACAGCAAAUGUGCAGUCAAGUGGGCAAUCGAUAAUCUUGUAAACAACAAGAAGCCGAAUUGUAUUCUUGUUCAUGUUCAAUGCAAAACCUUGCAUCCUGGGGAUCGUACAGGCCAUAUACCUAAAGAAGGUCGCCCACCAACUCAACAAGAGUUGCAGCAGUUCUUCCUCCCCUACCGAGGAUAUUGUGCGAGAAGAGGAAUUGAAACAAAGAAUGUAGUUUUACAUGACAUUGAUGUUCCAAGUGCACUUACUAACUACGUUGUUCUCAACAAAGCUUCCAAUAUUGUUCUUGGUGCAUCUCGCAGGAAUGCUCUUACAAGGAAAUUUAAGAAUCCAGACGCUCCUUCGACAUUGCUCAAAUCCGCACCAGAAUCCUGUGCAGUAUAUGUCAUAUCGAAAGGAAAACUUCAGACGUUGCGUCCAGCAAGUCGACCUCUUACCGCUUCUGAUUCCACAUCUUCAAAUAUUUCUUCAGAUUCUUCCCAGCAGCAUCAUUCACCACCUGCUACUACUAACAAUGCAUCUUCUACACGGCAACACAAUCAUUUGGAAGUACCUCAGAGUUCAAGUAUCCCGCCAUCCGAGUUACAAAUAAGCUUUUCUGAAAGUCGGAAAAGUGAUGAAACGUUUCCUGAUAGAGGCAGCGAUUCCAUGCACAGAGCAGAACAUGAAUAUUAUGAAUUCAGCUCCAAGACACAUUCACCUGCGCCAUCUAUAGAUGAUCACUCAUCAGAUUUGUUGCAUAGGGAUUCCAUAUCAGAUGGCAAUGAAAUCUCAUCAGGGCCUAUAAGUAUCCGAUCAGCUGACAUGUCCUAUGAAAAUGUAGAUUUCUCCCCAAAGUCUGGAAGUCUCAAGAACCCCAAUUCCUCGCAACUUGCUCAUCUAUUAGAUGCAGAAAUGAGAAGAUUAAAGCUUGAGCUGCAGCAUUCUAUGCAAUUGUUUAGAACAGUUACUAACGAAACUGUUCUGGCCAAGCAGAUGGUAAGGGAGCUUCACCGGUUAGAGUCAUUGGAAUCGCAGAAGUCGGAAGAAUCAAAAUUGGCUGAAAGAGCUGCAUUGACAUUGGCAGAAAUGGAGAAGCACAAGAAAAAGGUUGCUUCGGAAGCAGUACAAGCAGUUAAGAAGCUAGCAGAUCUAGAAGCACAAAAGAGGAAUGCAGAAAUGAGGGCUCAGCGGAAGAAGAACAUGGAAACUAUGGCAAACGAUGAUUUUAGAUGCAGAAGAUACACUAUUGAUGAGAUAGAGGUUGCAACACAACACUUUGCACCCUCCCAUAAGAUUGGCGAAGGUGCAUAUGGACCUGUUUUUAGAGGCAUGCUUAAUCACAUUGCUGUUGCCAUCAAGAUCUUGAGGCCAGACUUGUCGCAAGGGCUGAAGCAAUUCCGACAGGAGGUUGACGUGUUAAGCAGCUUGAGACAUCCACACAUGGUUAUCCUGCUCGGAGCAUGUCCUGAAUACGGUUGCCUUGUGUACGAGUACAUGGAAAAUGGCAACUUAGAAGAUCGUCUCUUCAGGAAAGACAACACUCUUCCAAUACCAUGGAGAACCCGGUUCAAAAUAGCAUAUGAAAUCGCAGCAGCCCUUCUUUUCCUCCAUGAAACAAAACCAGAACCAUUGGUGCAUCGUGAUCUGAAGCCUGCAAACAUUCUUUUAGACCGAAACUAUGUGAGCAAAAUCAGUGAUGUGGGUUUGGCCAGGCUUGUUCCACCAUCUGCAGCUAAUAAUGUUAGUCAAUAUCGCAUGACAGCAGCAGCUGGUACAUUCUAUUAUAUUGAUCCUGAAUAUCAGCAGACAGGAUUAUUGGGUGUCAAGUCAGACUUGUAUUCAUUUGGCGUAGUUCUAUUACAACUUCUUACAGCAAAACCUCCGAUGGGUCUAUCCUGCCAAGUUGAGGAUUCAAUCCAAAACGGAACAUUUUCAGACGUGCUUGACCCAGCAUUGACAGAUUGGCCUGUUGAAGAUUGUUUAUCGCUUGCAAAGAUAGGGGUGAAAUGCUGUGAGUUGAGGAAAAAGGAUAGACCAAAUCUUGCUAACGUUAUUCUGCCAGAGCUGGAACGGUUGACAGAUCUUGCAAUGGCUAAUGAAGCCAUUGAACCUGAAACAACCAUACCACUAACUAGUCCUAUUGAUUUAAUUUCAGAAGCACAAAGAUAUUCAAGUGAGAUAAUUUCGAAACGGAGACGGCAGCAGCAAUUCAAGUCUAUGAGCAAGAGGUGGAUCUUCAAGAACAGCCCUGGUAAAUCCAGCACUAAUGAUCAGCCGCCAUUACCAUCAUCACCUUCAGGAAAAUCGGACAUGAUCUCAUUCCAAGGUUGCUGGUCACCAUUUGUGAGCUGCAUUUCAGUGCAUGAUCCUCCGACACAUAGAUGA